CACGAAAGGCGAGCCAGGGCCUGCUGCUGCUGCUGCUGCUGCUGCUGCUGCUGCUGCGAGGCUCCGGCCCGGCCCAGCCAUGGAAGCCGCCGGGCGCCACCCCAUCCUCAAGGAGCUGUGCGACGAAGCCACUUGCUCCAUCUGCCUGGAGUACUUCAAGGAGCCCGUCAUUCUGGACUGCGGGCACAAUUUCUGCCACGCCUGCCUGUCCCAGUGCUGGGGGGAGAGCGAUAAAGGCAUCGCCUGCCCCCAGUGCCGGGAGACGGUGCAGCGGAGGGGCAGCCGGCCCAACUGGCAGCUGGCCAACAUGAUCGAGAUCCUGCGGAAGCUGGAGGAGGCGGAGGGGCGCAGGCGCGGGGAAGGGGCGCUGGGCCUGUGCGAGCGGCACCAGGAGCCCCUGAAGCUCUUCUGCAAGGACGAUGCGGCCCCCGUCUGCGUGGUGUGCGACAGGGCCAAGGAGCACCGGGAGCACCGCGUGGUUCCCAUCGAAGAGGCGCCCCGACAGGGCGAGGAAAAAGCUGAGCUGAAGUCUUUAGAAAAAGAGAGAGAAAUUCUUGUGGAUCAGAAACUAGCUGAAGAGCUGAGAAGCCAAGAAUGUCUGACACAACUAGAAAUGGAGAAGCAGAAGGUCACAUCUGCUUUCGAGCGUAUGUACAACUUCCUCGAAGAACUAGAGCUCCUCCGGCUGGCCCAGCUUGGAGGUCUGAAAAAAGAGAUCGAAGAGAAGCAGCAAGAAAAUGUCACCAGAUUCUCUGAAGAGAUUUCCCAUCUCAGCAACCUGAUCACAGAAGUGGAAGGGACCUUCCACCAGCCAGAAAGUGAAUUGCCACAUGACAUCAGAAACAUCUUGAGCAGGUAUGAGAAAGGACAAGCAAGGCAGCUGGCGGAACUUUCUCCAGGAUUGGAAGAGAAACUCAAAAUUUACUCUCAGACCAAUUCCGCUCUAGAAGAGGCAAUGGAGAAAUACAAAGAAUCUCUGGAGGAAGCACUGAACAAAGAGUCUCUGAAUCAAGAAUUGUACAGAGUUCACUUCACUCUGGAUCCUGACACUGCAAAUCCCUUCCUCAUUCUGUCUGAGGACUUGAAGAGCGUGCGAAGAGGAAGCAGGUAUCAAGUCCUGCCCGACAACCCGGAGAGAUUCGAUAUCAUGAUGAGCGUGCUGGGCCGUGAGAUCUUCACUUCAGGAAGGCACUGGUGGGAGGUGGAGGUGGAGGAAAAUUCGGGCAGAUGGGCCGUGGGGGUUGCGCGGGAGUCUGUCAGGAGGAAGGGCGUGGUCCGCAUCAGUCCCGACGAGGGAUUCUGGGCAGUGGGAAAGUCCUUCCGCGACCCACUGUCACCUUGUCAAAUCCUGGCUUUCACUUCCCCGAAGCCAACCCCUUUGCUCUUGAGGCGGAAGCUCCGGAAACUCCGGGUUUCCUUGUGCUACGAAGCCCAACGGGUGGAAUUUUUUGAUGUCGAUUCGGACGACCAGAUCUUCACUUUCCAUUCAGUCCGUUUCUCCAGGGAGAAGAUCCGCCCUUUUUUCCGGGUGUGGAGGGGGGUCAGGUUGAAGUGCUGAAGGGGGAAACGCCUCACGUAUCACAACUGCGUCCGCCACCCCGAGAGGGUGGUGACAUUCUAGCACAUUCUCUAUCGCUGCAUGAGAGGGCCCAGCAAAAGAAUAUAGUCUUAAUUGGUUUUAGUAGUAACUCUGGUUCCCAGGCAGGCCUUUAAAAAUCUACCUUAUGUGGCGGAAGUAAACAGAAGCCAUGGAAAAAUCUCAAAGGAACCAACCAGGCUUAGGGCGCAAUCUUAUGCAUGUUUAGACAGAAAAGUGUCCUACAACUCCCAGCAUGCCUCAGCCUGCAUGGCUGGCUGAGGCAUGCUGGGAAUUGUAGGAUGUUUUUCCGUCUGAACAUGUAUAGGAUUGCGCCUGUAGGGACUCCCUUCUGUUUCAGGCCUUUGAAAAACUAUAACCUCUACUAAAAAAAAAGUUUGUUCUUAAAGCGGCAAGGGUCAAAAAUAUUAUUUGGCAGGGUUUUAAAAGCUGCACAAUAGGCAUUCAUUGAACAGCUAUGUUUGCUUGUUAUUCCAAAUUCCUCCCUUGAAACUCAAAGGGGCUUAAGUAGGAUUCCCAUAUGUCUUCCUAGUAGGCACAAGACUACCUGCAGACCCACUUAGCUUCAACAUGGUCCCUGUAUCAUGUGACUUCUGAUAAUGCCACCACUCACAAUCACUGCAUCUCUAUCCAUGACAUUUUGCUAGUCAUGAGAGUUUUAAAGGCAAACCAGCACUCGCAGGGAAACCAUGUCAGGGGUUUCCAGCUUUUUCUUUUUCUUUUUUCCUUUUGUGAACGUUAGAAAAGCUACCUUGGAUCAAACUAAGAGCCCAUCUAGUUCAGCAUUUUGUUCAUACAGUGGCCAUCCAGCUGCCUGUGGGAAGGAUGGAAGCAGGACAUGGUGCAACAGCACCCUCCCACCCAUGUUCCCCAGCAACUGGUGUAUACAGGCUUACUGCCUCUGAUACUGGAGGUUGCACUUAGCCAUCAUGACGACUACCAUUGAUAGCCUUUUCCUCCAGGAAUUUGUCCAACCUCCUUUUAAAGUAAUCCAAACUGGUGUCCAUCACCACAUCUUGUGGUAGCGAGUUCCAGAGUUGUGCCCUUUUCUCUCCCACCAACCAACUUCAUGGGAUGACCCCAUUGGGUUCUAGUAUGCAUAAUUAUAUACACCUCCAUCGUGUCUCCUCUUUCUUGCCCGUUCUCUAAGCUGAACAGCCCCAGACAUUGUAACCUUUCCUAAUAGGGGAGUCACUCCAGCCCCUUGAUCAUUUUACUUCCCCUUUUGUUUAUAAGUUUAGAUUCUAACCUUGUCUAUCACAUUGAUUCUGUUCCUAGAAGGAGCUAUUCCUGUCUCAGCCUCAAGAUUACAACAUGAAACCAGAAGUGACAUCUAUGUGGAACUUUUUGCAAUAUCUCCUUGGAGCCAGGUGAUGUGCUAGGCUAGGUGGCUUCAUUCCUGGUGGCCAUGGCCACCUCUCUUACAAUGUCAAUUAAUGAAGGAGCCCCCGUGAGAGUAGAAGAGAGAGAAAGACAAUAUCUUAUGGACGUUGAGAAGGAUAUUCGUUGGGAAUGGGAAGGAAAGAUCCACCCGUGAAAUCAGAACUGUUUAGGGUGACCAUAUGGAAAGGAGGACAGGGCUCCUGUAUUUUUAAGGCCCUGUUCAGAAGCCACAUGAAGCCACAGUGAUUAAGGCUUUUUUGUUAACAGGGCCUAACUGUUGUAUUGAAAAGGGAAUCUCAGCAGGUGUCAUUUGUAGGCUUGCAGCACCUGAUGAAAUUCCCUCUUCAUCACAACAGUUAAAGCUGCAGGAACUAUAUUAGUGACCAGAUACAAAGGAGGGCAGGGGUCCUGUAGCUUUAACUGUUGUGAUGAAGCGGGAAUUUCACCAGGUGCUGCAUGCAUACAAAUGACACCUGCUGAAAUUGCCUUUUCUACGCAACUGUUAAAGAUACAGGAGCCCUGCCCUCCUUUCCAUAGGGUCUGCCUAGAACUGUUCUCAUUUUAUGUUUGAGAUGAUUCAUUAGUUAGAAAAAGCCUUCCUCUUUGCAAGCAUCUAAUUUUCUUCGGUCCACGCUAGCGUAUCGUCAAUAUUAUCGACAUGCUGUGUUAACAUUUCAAAAGUUCUUUCAUGAACCAUCAAUAAAGUCCGCUUGGUAAACUC